AUUGUUACGUCCAAUACGGUUCUAUGGUAGGCGUGAGAGAUUAGAACCAAAUUGAAACCAUUUCUAAAACAAGGUAAGAAAUGGCAUUGGAAUAAGAAACAACCGAGAUUGAGUAGCAACGAACAAGUGUUGAAAAGUAACUGUUUAGGGAAUAUUUAAUUCUAAUUUACAGACACUUUUUAUUUAGUACAGAAGAAUCAAAGAGUAUUUUUUUCUAUAAUUUUACAUUUCUAUAUUUUUUUGCGUUCGAUCCUGUCGAUUAAAAAAAAUCUUGUUAUUUAAUUGAAUCAUUCUGGCGUUGAAUUUUUACAAAAUAAGAUGGCAAUAUUGGCAGAAGAUAUAUCUUUCAUAUCCCUCGUAAAUACUUUUAAAUAACUAACUCAAAAGUAGUGUGAGACAAAAUGUCAGCUGACAUUAGUUUGUUCGAUUUGGUGAACCUGUCGAUCGGGACACCUGAAGUUGGAGCUGUCAACUUCAAUGCGUUGCAUACCCUCCUCCACGCUAUCCUGGGACACCUGAAAAUCCAAAAUGUGACCACCGGCUGGAGAGAGCAGGAUGGCCCGCCACAGGAGCCCCAUGGCCCGCAUCUGACCAAGUCCUCUAGCCCGUACCAUCACAUGGAAGACAAACUUCGGCAGAUCGAGAGACAGAUGGCCGCGCUGGAGAAGCUUCCUAGCGGUACCGAUCUUCUGAGUCGCACUGCCUCAACCACAACACCGGUCAACGACUUGUGGCAGCUGAUGCAGCUCCGCCGCAAGGCUCAGGCGAGUGAGGACGGCGUAUCCAAGUCUAUGUCGCUGAUCCAGGAUCUGAUGAAGGAGAUCCAGGACCUGAAGGAGUCCAGAGAUGACCUGAAGAAAGAGGUCAAGAGCCUCCAGAACCAACUAAACCAGCUGAAUAUGAGUGAGCUGGUUGACAGAAUCAACGAAGUGGAACAGUACUGCCAUCGACUGGACAACCUGGACUCUGCCACCAAAGAGCUGCAGGAUAGAGUUGGGCGUUACCCAGACCCAGACGAGCUCAUCCAGUGUGUGACCUGGGACAUCAUGCAGACCACCUUGGUUAGCGAGCAACAGAAUUUGCAAAAGGAAAUCAAGCACUCAGUCCCUGUCCCCACAUCAGUUGUCAUGACCACCAUGACUCCUUUCAGCGUCUCUGCCAAUGCCAAUACUGGAGCUGCUGCCUUCACUCCUGGCACUGUCACUGUCAGCCAGCAUGGGGGGGCGGUGCCCCAGCAGUCCCUCUCUGAUGUAACUGCUGCCUUCACUCCUGGCACUGUCACUGCCAGCCAGCAUGGGGGGGCGCUGCCCCAGCAGUCCCUCUCUGAUGGAGCUGCUGCCUUCACUCCUGGCACUGUCACUGCCAGCCAACACGGGGGGGCGCUGCCCCAGCAGUCCCUCUCUGAUGGAGCUGCUGCCUUCACUCCUGGCACUGGCACUGCCAGCCAGCAUGGGGGGGCACUACCCCAGCAGUCCCUCUCUGAUGGAGCUGAUGCCUUCACUCCUGGCACUGGCACUGCCAGCCAGCAUGGGGGGGCACUGCCCCAGCAGUCCCUCUCUGAUGGAGCUGCUGCCUUUACUCCUGUCACUGCCAGCCAGCAUGGGGGGGCACUGCCCCAGCAGUCCCUCUCUGAUGGAGCUCUGAUGGUGGGCAGCAAACCCCUGUCUCGUGUGGCCAGCGGGGCAGAGCGUUACCCAGAGACAGUGGAGGCCCUGAGGGACGUGGGCAGGCUCAGGGAGAGACACAACACCCUGGAGACCAGAGUAGAGCUGCUGGAAGCAGGCAAGGCUGACCAGGCCCAGCUCCAGCACCUCCGGGAGCUCCUCCCUGACAUGGGUGACAGGGAUGUGCCUGACAAUCUGUUGGAUCAACUGAAUCAUCUGAGAGUUCUGGUCGACAGCCUGAUGGGUGACAAAGCCAAGAGCUCUGAGCUGAUGAAUGACGUUCAGGGAGCCAUCAUGCAGCUGCAGGCUGAGUGUGAGAAGCUCCACGGCACAGCCAACCACCUGAUUGAGGAGCACGGCCAGAAACAGGUCCACAUCGACCAUCUGUACAAGUCCAUGGAAGAACUGGACGAGAAGAAAGCUGACAAAGAGCUUGUGGAGAUGGAGAUUGAAAUCAAAGCAGACAAGCGUGCCCUGGAGACCAAGGUGAGCCGCAUGCAGUUUGACUCCAUGACAGAGGAGCUCAACACCAUGUUCCAGGAGCUGCUCAGUAAGAUCACCGGCCAGGAGCAGGACUGGCACAAAAUCAUUGACAAAAUUUCCACCGAGAUGGAGUGCAAGCUGGACCGGAUUGAGCUGGAUCCUGUGAAGAAGCAGCUGGAGGACCGCUGGAAGAGCAUCCGUAAGCAGCUGCAGGCCCAGCCUGCCCCGAAGGAGGACGACGCUGCAGGCAUCAGGAAACAAUUAGUGGCAAGGUUCCACUGCAUCUCCUGCGACCGCCCAGUCGAUAUGCUUACCCCAGGACCGCACUUGGUCACCCUGCCCUCCACUCCUGGCCUACCCUCCCACAAGUCCAACCGACCGUACACCAUCUAUGAGCUUGAGCAGGUUCGCCAGCACUGCAGAAGCGAGCGCAUCCCUGAGAUUUCGGACUACAGUUACCUGGCCAUGUCCCGGAGCUGUGGAGGCAGCCACACCGUGACCUACCCCAACCGCCGCUACACCCGCCUGCAGCACUUCAGCCACUUCAUCCAGGCUGAGGAGGAGACACCGCCCAUCUCCAGCUCCCCACUGCGGAUUCAGCCGGAGGAGGUGGACAUCCUGGGAUUGGACGGACAUAUCUACAAGGGCCGCCUGAAAACCAGAUCAGUCAAGACUGUGGAUGCCAGACUACCCACCAUCUUUCCUAAAGACGGCAUGUGCAAGAGCAAAGACAAGAUCAUGCGCUCCCAGUUCCAGAAGCCUGGCUGCACAGAGCCGGGCUGUGUGACCCCUGUGCGACCCCAGAGUGCCAAAACCCAGCGCAGCCGCUCAGCCUCAGGCAGCUCUGUGCGGGACCGGCCCAUGUCUUCUUUAGGCUGCCUUUCCCAGGCUACCCUUCCCCAGAGCUCGUCCCAUGCUGACACCACCAGCGAGCUGCUGCAGCAAGAUCUGGAGCUUCACGUGGACCUGAGCCAGUCGGAGGAAGAGCCCGUCAUCAUCCUGUAGGGGGCGAUGGAGUGCCCCACACACCUUAUUUUAAUAAACCGUUUACAGCAGCAGCAGGAGGGUAUCCUGGUCUCCAUUUUGUAAUGGAGCAUACAGACGUUGUGAAAAUCAAGUCUGAUAUUAGUCAGUUAUUUAUGGAUGGUAAUGGAAGAACACAAUUCUGGGACCUAUGUACACUGUUUCAAUGCAACAAAAUAGCUGAGUCACAAAAUAGCUGAGUCACAUUUCCAAGGUGUAGCUUUACAGGUCAAAUACCUUACGUGUGGCUACAUUACAAUUUUGGUUUAUGAUGCCUGAUUUUCAAUGACCUUCAUAGAGAAGCUUUCAGGCAGGUGACCUCAAAUACCAGACUGUUUGGAUGCAGAAGAAUACCACCAUGGAGCAAUUCCUUUGACAUAUAGGGUCUUAUAGAGUGGUAUCAUUAAGGGCUUGAAAUGUCUUCCCUCACACAGACCCAAUUUCUGUAACGUCUGAUUCAUUGUAUUAGAGUCUCAAGUUGUUCCAUCACAUGUUAAGAGGAAAGACAUUCAUGCGUGCUGUCAUUACCACAAAAAUGUACCCCUGUCGUGGACUCAUAACAAUGGUAGCCAGCCACCUGCAUCUAUUGGGGAAGCAAAGCAGCCAGGGUUGUAAAAUCGGCCCAGAUGGCGUUCCCUUCGAAUGUCAUCGUGCCUGUGUCCAGUUACAGCAGUCUCCUGGUGUCUGUGUGUUUUAAACAAGGGGGUUCGCUAUGUGUGCCUCACUCUGGCAUAGUGUAUCAUUUUUAACCAUGGCACAGCAUUGGGUAUCAUAGCAUACUUUUAGCGUAGCGCCAUGUCAGCACUCAACUGCAGUUGUCCGUGGGCCGGGGCGUGGCACGGGGGGGGGGGGG